AUGCAGAACGAGGAGGGACAAAACAUGGAUCUUUACAUUCCGCGGAAGUGCUCUGCCACGAACAGGCUGAUUACUUCAAAAGAUCAUGCUUCUGUACAGAUCAAUGUUGGUCAUGUGGAUCAAACUGGCCGGUAUACCGGUCAAUUCUCCACAUUUGCUCUGUGUGGUUUCGUCCGGGCCCAGGGAGAUGCUGAUAGUGCCCUUGACAGGCUCUGGCAGAAGAAGAAAGCCGAGGUCCGACAACAGUGAUUGGCCUUGGUGAUCUUGUGUCUCUCUUCAAGCAGUUGUAUCCCUUUAAUGCAAAGUGAGGGUUUCAUAUGGAUUUUCUCUAGUUUUGCAGACUAGUUUAAUUUCAUUGGGGGCAUGAAUGAAUGAAUGAUGUUACGUUUGUGUUUUUCAUCAAACCUGUCUAGUAUGCAAGGAUUGAAAUUUAAUAUUUUCCUCAAAUUUUGCAAUCCUCGAGUCUCUGAUCAAAGCCAAUUUAGUUUUGAAUAAUGUCGUACACAUCAUCUUUGUUAACCACCACGUCUCUUAUGCCACUUGACGGGGUACAAUCAAAGUCAUUAAAUAUUUAAUAAAUUUUAUGGGGCUUAUUAAUUUGAUGGUCUAUGUUAAGA